GGGUCCCCAGCUCGGCGCCAGCGGCCUCGGCGCGGUCGCCUGAGGGCUGGAGCGCAGAGAGCCGGGCUUCCCGGCCCGGGCGCGGGGACGCACUCGCGUGGGAGUUUGUGCGAGCGCGGCCCGGGGCGGGGCCCGCACGGAGGAGGCGCCCGGACCAUGGUCACCCUCGGCUGAGUUUCCGGCGGCGACUUUGAUUAUUGGCAAACAACCACCACAACACCACCGAACCCGCGGGCUUGCACCGCGCGCACUGACUCCGCGAGCCUGCACACCGCCGCGUCGCCCACCACCGGGCCCCGAGCGCCAGCCCCAAACGAGCCGAUGGAAAAAUCCAAAAAUUUCCGCAUCGACGCCCUGCUGGCGGUGGACCCCCCGCGAGCCGCCUCUGCGCAGAGCGCGCCGCUGGCCUUGGUCACGUCGCUCGCCGCCGCCGCCGCCGCAUCUGGCACCGGAGGUGGCGGCGGUGGCGGGGCAAGCGGCGGCACGAGCGGCAGCUGCAGCCCCGCGUCCUCGGAGCCGCCCGCGGCGCCCGCCGACCGCCUGCGCGCCGAAAGCCCGUCGCCACCGCGCCUGCUGGCCGCGCACUGCGCGCUGCUACCCAAACCCGGCUUCCUGGGCGCGGGCGGCGGCGGCGGCACUGGCGGCGGGCACGGGGGGCCCCACCACCACGCGCACCCGGGCGCAGCGGCCGCAGCCGCCGCCGCUGCCGCCGCCGCCGCCGCCGCCGCCGCAGGGGGCCUGGCGCUGGGGCUGCACCCGGGGGGCGCGCAGGGCGGCGCGGGCCUCCCGGCGCAGGCGGCGCUCUACGGCCACCCGGUCUACGGCUACUCCGCGGCGGCGGCGGCGGCUGCGCUGGCGGGCCAGCACCCGGCGCUCUCCUACCCGUACCCGCAGGUGCAGGGCGGGCACCCGGCGCACCCCGCAGACCCAAUCAAGCUGGGCGCCGGCACCUUCCAGCUGGACCAGUGGCUGCGCGCGUCCACCGCGGGCAUGAUCCUGCCCAAGAUGCCCGACUUCAACUCCCAGGCGCAGUCGAAUCUCCUGGGGAAGUGCCGCCGACCGCGCACCGCCUUCACCAGCCAGCAGCUGCUGGAGCUGGAGCACCAGUUCAAGCUCAACAAGUACCUGUCUAGGCCCAAGCGCUUCGAGGUGGCCACCUCGCUCAUGCUCACGGAGACCCAGGUGAAGAUCUGGUUCCAGAACCGGCGGAUGAAAUGGAAACGCAGCAAAAAGGCCAAAGAGCAGGCGGCGCAGGAAGCGGAGAAACAGAAGGGCGGCGGCGGGGGCGCGGGGAAGGGCGGCGCGGAGGAGCCGGGCGCCGAGGAGCUGCUGGGGCCGCCCGCGCCCGGGGACAAGGGCAGCGGACGCCGCCUGCGGGACUUGAGGGACAGUGACCCCGAGGAGGACGAGGACGAGGACGACGAGGACCAUUUCCCCUACAGCAACGGCGCCAGCGCCCACGCCGCCUCCUCCGACUGCUCCUCCGAGGACGACUCGCCGCCCCCGCGGUCCAGCCACCAGCCCGCGCCCCAGUAGGAGGCCGGCGGCCCAGCAGCUGCGGCGCGCUCGGAGCACCCAGGCCGGCAGCUUCUCCCCGGAGGCCCCGGCGCCCGCACCUGCUCGGCCCGGCUCGGCCGCCGCCUGGUGACCCCCUAGCCCAGGCCGGGCUGGAGGGAUUGGCCUCGGCCUCCAGUCCUGGGCGCUUCCCUUUUAAGCCAGGGCGCCUCGCCUUCUCUUUAAGAAACAGCGAGAGGGAGGCCCGGGGGCUGAAACUUGAACUCUGGUUCUUUUAAUUUUGGUUGGUGAUGGGGGAGGUGCGAGGUGCCUGUGAGAAGAACCGACCCCCCCCCCCCACCACCACCACCACCCAAGGGGAACCUCCCGCCUCCCCUCUUCCCGCGUGCAAGAAGGCGGAAACCCACAGUGUUACCUGACUUCUGAAACUUGAAACCGCCUCUGGAGCCGCCGUUCCGCAGAUACUGGGAAAAGAAAAAGGGUUUAUGCUUAACGUCUCUGGGGUCCUGGUGAUUAUGUCACAAGCGUUCAAACUGCUGAAAAUCUCAAAACUGUACUGUCUUUAUUUUUAUAUAUUGUAUUUAUAUAUAAAAAGAAACAUCUACAUAUGCAUGCUAAAUUAUGAUUUAGCUUCUCCUAUCGCUCACGAUGAAAUGUAAAAUAAAUUGCUUUUGUACUGGAU